AUGGACAUGUCACUGCCCCCAGAGCCAAAGACCGAACUGGGUCGCUACCGCAUCCUGUCCAGCACAGCCGGAGUACGUGUUUCUCCCCUUGUGUUCGGUGCCAUGUCCAUUGGACAAGCCUGGGGAUCGAAGUUGGGCUCUAUGAAUGAGGAGGACUCCUUCAAACUUUUGGAUGCAUAUGUGGAUGCGGGAGGAAACUUCAUUGACACCGCCAACAACUAUCAAAACGAAGAGUCAGAGAUAUAUAUCGGCAAAUGGAUCGCUGCGCGAGGCAACCGGGACCUCUUGUUUCUUGCCACUAAAUUCACCAAUUGCUACCGUACACACGACCUCGGACAGGGAAAGACUGUCAACUACGGCGGCAAUCAUAAGAAAUCUUUAAAGUUGUCUGUUGCCGACUCGCUUCGCAAGCUACAGACAGAUUAUAUUGAUCUUCUUUAUGUGCAUUGGUGGGACUGGACUACGUCUAUCGAGGAACUGAUGGAUUCUCUCCAUAUCCUCGUAGAACAGGGGAAAGUGCUCUACCUCGGCAUCUCAGAUACGCCAGCUUGGGUCGUCUCUGCUGCGAAUACCUACGCAAAAAUUCAUGGCAAAACCCCCUUCUCUGUUUAUCAGGGCCGCUGGAAUCUCAUGGUGCGCGAUCUAGAACGGGAUAUCAUUCCCAUGGCCCGUCACUUCGGCAUGGCUAUUUGUCCCUUUGACGUUCUCGGCGGUGGUCAACUGCAGACUGCCAAGCAGCUUGAGGCACGUAAACAAGCUGGCGAUAAGGGCCGCGGCAACAGCCAGAGUGAAGAGGCUCGCAAGGUCAGCGAAGCCCUGGAAAAGGUAGCCGCUGAGCACGACACAGACAGUAUUCAAAAGAUUGCGCUAGCAUACGUCAUGCAAAAAGCCAGGAACGUGUUUCCCAUUGUUGGCGGACGCAAGAUCGAGCAUUUGCACGAUAACAUCAAGGCUUUGAGUAUUCACUUGAAGGAUGAGCAGAUCAGCUAUAUUGAGAGCAUCAAAGAGUUUGACGCCGGCUUCCCUUCCAAUUUCAUUGGCGAUGAUCCCAAGGAGACAGGUGGGCAGAAACACAUGAUGGAAGUUUUAACUGGUGCCAAAAUCGCAUGGCAGAGACAUCAUUGA